AGAAGAGAGAGAGAGAGACUGAACAAAAAAAGAAAAAGUAAGAAAGGGAAUGAAAUAAAUCAGAUCGAAUACAAUUUUGACGUCCGCAAGGGACACUAUUCUCUCUCUUCAUCAACUUCUCUGAUACAGCGAAGAACAGGACACAAUACUCUGAGCUAAACAUAAGGUAUAGUUUAAAUAAAGACAGUUUGUAGGCGGCAGAGAAUUGUUUUUUGUUUCUUUUUGGGUUAUCCUAUAAGAUGAACAGCAAGUUCCUUUCCUAGCUUGCUACUGAUUUUAUCUCUUUGAUUUGAGGCUUAUUGGAGACAGAUUCUUCACCAGCGCUUGUGCUGCUGAGUUGGAAUGGAGUAGAUUUGCUCAAUUCGGAUCGGAAUCUUCCAUACGGAAUCUCAAAACUUAGAUUUCAUCAUCAUUGGUCAGAAACAACACUGUUCGACUUCAUCGUGCAUUGACCACAUCUUUGGUAGUCCAAGUCCAACACAAAGCUGAGAUUAUCUCUUGUUGGGAGUAUGGUACCAUCAGAGGCGCCAAAUCCAGUUGGCAGUGGCGAUAAUAAUGUUCCUCCUCCUCCUCCUCAUCUUCCUUCACAACCACCAUUUCCUUCUCCACUGACUCAGUUCAGUAACAACAUGAGUAUGAGUAUGCCAAACAUAUCUUCACUCCUCAACAACAACCACUCUUUUGCUAAUGGCUCGGCUGAGUCAGACAUUGGGUUUAGUGGCUUGUCCUCGUCAGGUCAGCACUUCUCCAACGUUUCAGCUAACCAGCAACAACGGAGUAGUACGAAAAUGGAGCCUCAGAAUUUUCAGCAGCAGCAGCAGCGUGGAGGAGGGUUAGCUGGUGUCAAGUUGGAACCUGGUGGUGGUCAGGUUUCCAACGAACAGAAAAUGUUGAGAAGCUUAGGAUCGGUUAAGUUGGAACCGCAGCAACUUCAGGCCAUGAGAAACUUAGCACAAGUGAAAAUGGAACCCCAGCAUUCAGAGCAGUCAUUGUUUCUCCAGCAGCAGCAGCAGCAGCAGCAGCAGAGGCAGUUUCUUCAAAUGUCGGGGCAAUCUCCACAGACUCAAAUGAAUAAUAUACUUCACCAGCAGAGACUUAUGCAACUUCAGCAUCAGCAACACCUCCUGAAAUCAUUGCCUCAACAGCGUCCUCAAUUACCACAGCAGCAGAGGCCACCUAUGAGACCAGUGUAUGAACCUGGCAUGGGUGCUCAGCGUCUUACCCAGUAUAUGUACCGGCAACAACAUAGGCCUGAAGACAAUAACAUCGAGUUCUGGAGAAAAUUUGUAUCAGAGUACUUUGCCCCUAAUGCCAAGAAGAGAUGGUGUGUUUCUAUGUAUGGUAGUGGCCGGCAAACAACUGGCGUUUUCCCUCAGGAUGUGUGGCACUGUGAGAUAUGUAACCGAAAGCCUGGGCGUGGUUUUGAGGCAACUGCGGAAGUCCUCCCGCGGCUAUUUAAGAUAAAGUAUGAAAGUGGCACUUUGGAAGAACUUUUAUAUGUGGACAUGCCGAGGGAAUCUCAGAACUCAUCUGGUCAAAUUGUCUUGGAGUAUGCAAAAGCAACACAAGAGAGCGUGUUUGAGCAGCUUCGAGUUGUUCGUGAUGGCCAACUUCGAAUAGUUUUCUCACCAGAUCUAAAGAUAUUCUCUUGGGAAUUCUGUGCUCGGCGGCAUGAAGAGCUCAUUCCACGAAGGCUUUUGAUACCGCAGGUUAGUCAGCUUGGGUCAGCAGCGCAGAAAUAUCAACAAGCCGCUCAAAAUGCAACAACAGAUUCUGCUCUUCCGGAGCUGCAAAACAAUUGCAACAUGUUUGUUGCAUCUGCCAGACAGUUGGCAAAGGCCCUAGAAGUACCGCUCGUGAAUGAUUUGGGAUACACGAAGAGAUAUGUUCGGUGUUUGCAGAUCUCGGAGGUUGUAAAUAGUAUGAAGGACUUAAUAGAUUAUAGCCGAGAAACAAGAACAGGACCAAUCGAGAGUUUAGCCAAGUUUCCACGGAGAACAGGUCCAUCCUCUGCACUGCCUGGUCCUUCUGCUCAGCAGCCCAAUGAACAGCAGCAGCAGCAGCAGCAAUCAAUUGCCCAGAUUGCAAACAACGAUCAGAGUUGUGGGCAAAGCUCAUUAAAUUAUGCCUUCAAUACAGCUUCUGCAUCCACCUCCACAGGCAGCAUCGCAGGGCUCAUCCACCAGAAUUCGAUGAAGCAAAGGAAUCAGAAUGCUGCUUACAAAACCCCAAGCAGUCCAUAUGGUGGAAACUCAUUUCAGAUGCAGUCACCAAGCAACUCGGGUACCAUGGCGCCAUCAUCCCAGCAACAACAACACAACCUGCCAUCGUUUCAGUCUCCAACUUCCUCAUCUAACAACAACUAUCCAUCUCAAAACGGGAUAACAUCUAUUAAUAAUCACAUGGGUUCCACAAACUUACCAGCCAUUCAACAGGCUGCGGCUGCGGCUGAUGAAGCAAAUGAGUCUAGCUCGGUGCAGAAGAUACUUAAUGAGAUCCUGAUGAACAACAACCAAGCUCAUAAUACCUCAGGAGGAGGAGGGCAUGAGUCUUUUGGGAAUGAUGGGAAGGCAGGUAGCAAUGUAAAUAGCUCUGGUGUUCUGAUGAUGAACAACGGUCAAGUGAACACAAGUAUUGGAGGGUUUGGUGGUGGGAUGGGUCAGUCGAUGGGAAUGAAUAAUAUUAACGGGAACAAUGGUCUUAUGAAUGGAAGAGCUGGGAUGAUGGUGAGAGAUCCAAACGGGCAACAGGAUGUUGGAAACCAACGCUUAGGGGCAGUCAAUGCUUUCAACAAUUUUCAGUGUGAUUGGAAUGUAUGAUGAAGGUGACUUGUGAGACUCUUAAUACGGGUAAUGUUCUCUGCUGUCAAAGCACAUCACAAACUCAGGAUAAGCCGCUACGCUAUUCUGUGCUUAAGAAAAGGAAAGAGUUAAAAAUCUUCCUACAACGACUGGUUUCUAGGUCACCUCGUCCACAACUACAGAUACCAUCUUGAGUUGCUAUUUCUUCUUCUUUAUUUUCAAUCUUGGGGAGUUUUCUUAUGCUUUUAUAGUUAUAGUGUACAUCUUUCUAUGGGUGUUGUAUGCAUUGCAUCAUCCUGCAGGCAAUGGAUCAUGUGCUGUAUCCUUCAGUUUAUCUUGAUGUGUUAACGAAACUUUCCUAAA